UACACAUUCUAACUUGUUUAUGUGCAUUCUUAGAUUAAAAAUUGUCAACAAAUAUCAAAGCAUAUCUCGGAAUAUGUGCAUUAUUAUUAUAAAGAGGAUGAAAAUUAUUCUAUCUACGUUGUAAUAUUUAAUAUGAUGUGAUAAUUAACUGAUGACAAGAUAAUAUUUGUUUCUUAACAUCAUGCUUUUAAAAACUAUGUAUAUUACUCAAGAAAGUCCAGCGAAUGCUCUUGCACUUAAUAAAGAUAAUACUCAGGUUGUUAUUGCAGGUCGAAAUGUAUUCAAAGUAUUUUCUGUGCUGGAGGAUAAGUUUGAAGAAGUUUAUAACUUAAGGGUUGGAAAAAAUCUUAAUUUAAAUUUUUCUUGUAAUGAUGUUACAUGGAAUCUUAUAGAUGAUCAUAUAUUAGCAACAGCAGCAACAAACGGAGCAGUUGUAGUAUGGAAUUUAAACAAAUCAUCUCGUUCAAAACAAGAACAUGUUUUUACUGAUCAUAAAAGAACAGUAAAUAAAGUCAGUUUUCAUACAACAGAACCUAUGUGGUUGAUUUCUGGGUCUCAAGAUGGAACAAUGAAAUGUUUUGAUUUACGAACUAAAGAAGCAACCAAAACUUUCUACAGCAAUACAGAAUCUGUGAGAGACGUUGAAUUUUCUCCACAUCAACAACAUACAUUUGCUGCUGUUUCUGAAAAUGGUCAUGUCCAGCAAUGGGAUCUACGUCGUCCAGAUAGAUAUUUUCAACAUUUUACUGCUCACAGUGGACCUAUUUUUGCAUGUGAUUGGCAUCCAGAAACAUCAUGGCUUGCAACAGCAUCACGAGAUAAAACAAUCAAAGUCUGGGAUUUGUCUCAAAAACCUACCUGUGAAUAUACCAUUCACACAAUAGCUUCAGUCGGUAGAAUUAAAUGGAGACCUCAGAGGAAGUUUCAUAUAGCAAGUUGUGCGCUUGUUGUUGAUAGCAGUAUCAAUGUUUGGGAUAUUCGACGUCCUUAUAUACCAUUUGCCAGUUUCAAUGAACAUAAAGAUGUGACAACUGGUAUAGCAUGGAGAGGCGAUCCUCAUUCAUUUAUAUCAACUAGUCGAGAUUGUACCCUUUAUCAUCAUAUGUUUCAAGAUGCCACUCGACCCGCUAGUCAAGCAAAUCCUCAAGGAAUUGAUUUAAAUCCCAAUGGAGAUGUUGGAUUCGCCUGUAGAAGUAACACCAAUACUCCAUCAACCUUAAAACAUUUGUCUAAUUUUGUUAAAAAAAAUUCAUCAAACAAUGACUCAUUUUGUGCAGCUUCUAGUAUGGUUCAUAGGUUUACAAGAAAUGUUUCUAAUGAGUCUAAAUGGUUUGUGUAUUGUGCAGAACGGUAUUUGUUAAAUGGAAGACUGAGUGAUAUAUGUGAUCAUAAUGCUAAAGUAGCGUCUGAAGGCGGUCGUAACGAUAUCAGUACUAUUUGGAGUAUUAUCAAAGCUUUAUAUGAUAAUCCUUUGACAAAUAUUCCAAAAACAACUCCAGCCAUUAAAGAAGAUAUUUUGAACUUAACACAAAUGACUCUUGGAAAUCCUAUAGAACAAAAUAAUACAAAUCAUGACAAUGAAGUAAAGUCACUUCAAGGAGAUGGUCUAGGUGGUAUUAGUGGUGGUGAUGAUGAAACGGAAACUGAUGAAACUCCUGAAAAUCAUAAUCAUCUUGGAAAUAUUCCACCUGGAUAUAGAAAACCAUUGAAUGGAUAUAAAAGAACACCAAAGAGUGAUUUUAUUUUUGGAGAAAUUGAAUUUGAGCCUCUGUCAAUUGAAUAUUCUGGUGAUUAUAUUGAAAACAUCAUCAGUAAUGAUAGUGAUUGGACUUUACCGAAAGAAGCGUUUCCAUUGAGGCAUGAAAUACAAGAUAGAUCACCUCCACCUGAACAAUUUCCCAAUCAUCCACUUGAUAUUAAUGAUGACUCAGGUUCCGUUACUGUUGAAGAUCAACCUUGUCAACUUAUCGUCACUUCUGUACCUAGACCACAAUUCUGGGAUCCUACGCGACUUGUUGAAGAAGCUUUAAAGCAUCAUGCGUCAAUUCGUGAUGUUCAGACAUCUGCAUCUAUUUUAAUGGCUUUAGGACAGAAGAGAAACAGUUUGAAUAUUGGAAUUGCUGUUCAAGAACAAUGGUUAUUAGAGUAUAUUGACAUCCUUGGGAGAUUCAAGCUUUAUGAUGUGGCCACUCAGAUAAUUGAGCACGCUUGGAUUCCUUCGGUAUCUCAAUUAAAUCAACAAUCAACGACAAUUCAUGCCAGUUGUGCCACAUGUGCGAAAGCUUUUCCUUCAUCAUCAUGGUUUUGUGAUCAGUGCAAUAAAUCUAAACUAUCUCUUUGUUCAAUUUGUCACCAGGUUGUUCGUGGAGUUUAUACUUGGUGCCAAGGUUGUACUCAUGGUGGGCACACUAAACACAUGAGAGAAUGGUUUUUAAAUAAUCGACAAUGUCCCACAGGAUGUGGACAUUUAUGCGAGUACACAUAAAUCAAUCAUUUAAUUAUUAUUACAAUAUAUAAUGUACAUAUAAUAACUAUUCAUUAAUAUUAUAAAACUGUAAAUAGACAUGUACAUACAUCUUCAAUGAAGUAAAAAAAUAGACUGUAUUCUUGUAGAUACUUUUAAACUUAUAUUUAUUAUAAAAAAAGACACUUUUAAGAUUUCAUUUCAAGUGUAAAACUUUACACAAAGUUUAAAUAAAAUAUUAAUAAUAAUAAUAAUAAUACAUUGAUCUAACCAGUUAAUGGGCUGUGAAAUUCUAGCUAACUAUAAAAGUGUUUAAGUUUCAUAUAACUAAAGAUUAAUGGAAAUUUCCAUUUAAAGAAUAUGUUCAUUUAUUUGCAUAGGUACUGAAAAGGCACGACCAACUAUAUGAAUGUACAAAAAUAUAAAAACCAAAUAUUUGAUUAACUCAAAUAGUCUGACAUAGUCAAAAUUCCUUGAGCAAGUUCUAAUAAAAAAUUUUUUGUUCCUUUUUGUUGUAAUAAUACAGGUAUUUCGAUGCAUUAUUAAUAACUGCAGCUUAGUUAUUAUCAGUCAUAACUGCAGUAAUAUAAUUUAUGAAAUUGUAAUAACUGUAUUUUUCUUAUUAGUAAAUAUUUGUGAUAAAGAAUUAUGAAGCAACAAUUAACUCAACAGGCAGUGAACCCAACAUAAACAAGCAAUUAUACAAUGUUCUGACAUUUUUUUUUAUAAGAUCAAAUAAAGUGCUGAAAUUUA